CCGGGAGAAUGCGGCCUCCGCGGUCGUUGUGUUAGUGUUGCCAGAAACCGUAACCGCGAAUAGGUGGAUACGGCAGUGAGCGGAGCCAGGCGUCGAGGUGCCGGAUUAGCCACGUACCACGUUGCAGGAGUCUUCGGGUGUUCGUGCCGGAUUUCACGGUCGGGAAACCCGGCGUUUCCGGGCGUCGAGACGGGAAAUCAGUGAUGUAGUGAUCGCAGAAAUUAGGAUUUUGGAUACUCGAUAACGACUGCCCGUAGAACAGAUCAUUUCUUUGGAAGCAGAGAAUGUAGUAGGAUGCGGCGUUUGGGGCUCUCUCUUACGGUGGCGAUGACCAGCCUGGCCACCCACGUGACCUCCUCCCUGGCAGGGCUCACCCUUGAGCGGCGGUGCGGCGAGGACAAGCUCGUUUGCCCCAAGUACAACUACUGCUCCCAAAACGAAUUCUGCAGCCCGUGCCAGAAAAUCUGUGAUAAAAAUGAUAACAACUAUUCGCCAACUCUCUGUGAAACUCAGUGCCAAGAUUACAUUCAUGAUUACGUUGAGCACUAUGUCCACUCCGCAGCCAGUAUAAAUGAUCAAAAUAUUGAAGAAUUGCUCAGAAAUCUUUAUUUGUUGGUAGCGUGUACGUUAAUUAUUUCCGUCAUAGUAUUGGGCACCGUUGUGGGAGCGUUAACACUUUACUACAUUCGGUACCGAAAACGAACACAUCAACACUUGGAAUUUGAAGAGAAAGCUUAUCAAAAGAAACUUGCCACAGCUCAGUAUGUUUCAACGAUCAAUAACAACCGGAAUCCACCUGAGCCGGCAGCGACGACGACAACGACGACGUCACACAGCAUAGCGCACAAUCAAGUGGCCCCGAUUUCGACGAUCACGCCGAUCCGGGGUGACCACCCUCUCCGACUGGACAUGCCGGUCAACUCGCGGAGCUACCAGUCCAGCUUGAGCGUGCCCACCAACAAAACGGGGACACCGCCCAGCGCCAACACCACCACCACCUCCAUCACCACGAAAUAUCCCUCCGAGGACAGGACGCUCGAGUACGUCUACGACAACCUGGCCCUCACCCCCUCCCCCGUCCUCAACAAAGAAACCUCCACUAGCCACAAAAUUGAAUCCCGGCUUUAACUGCAAUUUUUAAAAAUGUUAUGAAUUUUUUUCGUAAUCGAUUUUCGUCUGACCGUCCUCUGGGAAAGGGGCCUCAGCUUAAGGGGCAAGCCCUGAGUUGGAUCGAGGAAUCUGAUUUUGACGGUAAACUAUGUCGGUCUCUCUCUCUCUUUCUCUCUGUUAGUGCCCUUGAAGAACCACCUAAAAAAAUUAGGAUGAAUCAAUAUCCUAGUUGUUUGAAGAUGCGCGACGACGCUUAUAUGUUUGUAUUAGCUGCCACUACUUUAAAUUUUACCUCCUGGAGAUGUUAAACAGCUAGCUGAAGAGAUAUUUGAGACCAAAGUUUGUGCAAUCGAAAUCGAAGUUCCCUUCCUUUUCUUUUAAAAAAAAUGGAUGACCUGCCGUUGAAUGUGUCGACCCAUCCUCCUAAAGCUCACGAAGAGAGAAAGAGAGAGAGCGACAAAAUUUCGAGAGAACUGAAAAAAUUGAUGUUUUACGCUCAUAUUCUCACAUGGGCGUUAGUCGCUAGAUUCGGUAGUCAAUCCACGUAUGUGCCUACAUUUAAUACUCAACCAGACUCAUCAUGCUGUUUUUGAAAUAUUUUAUUGCAACCUAAGGUUUCUUUUAGUUCUUGUUUAGUGUUUAUGGGUAGAUCUCCUCACUCGUUGAAAAAGGAAAGCGUACAUAAGGAUCAAGCUUGAUUUGAUUUUAUGACACUUAUUGUAGUUUUACUCGUGCAUGUCUAAAUUUGAGCGCAAUAAAGUAACUGCAUUUAUGUAGUAUGCUUUCCUUUUUUAGAAGUAAAUAAACGAGGAAUAAUGAUGAACGAUUGGUGAUUAUAGUUCAGUAUUAUAUUUUUACUUUGAUUUGUUCUUCUCUGAAACCAAUUUAUGGGCUCAAAGCUGAGUAAGUCUUUCAGUGUACAUUAUUACUUAUGAAAAUGCACAUUUGUAAAUUAGAAGUUCAAAAAUAGUUCGGAAAGUAAGUAGUUUUCUUUAUGAAAAAUUUAGGUAGGUAGAGUCAGUAUGUAUAUUUACAAAAACCAUUCGGUUGAUUCAAUCGAAAAAAUUCCAUACAUCACAUUCCAUUGGUUCAUAAUUAUAGGCGUCCAAGUUUUAAACAGUUGUAGAACUUUGACUAAAGGUGAAUCCAAAGGGGGAAGGGCAUAAGGGGCGCACGGUACUCCCCCCUUCCGUUCGCCCGAAAAAACCCGGGAACACCCUCAAAGGGUAAAUUCUACUUCCGCUAAACACCCCCCUCCCCUGCGGGUGGGGCUAAGGAAAAAUCCGACCCCUCAUUCAACAUGUCCGGAUCCGCCGAUGACUUUAACUUGACAACACUGUUGAAUUUUAUUGUGAAUUUUCAAGUUAUUUAAGUCUUAACUAAUUACUAAUAAGUAUUUGUUUUGUUAUUUAUUAUUUUUUAGUUUGAAGUUGAUGAGUUAAAGAAAAAAUCCUCAUAGGUACUUAUUUCCCAGUUUAGAGCUGAAAUAAAUGAAUUCAAUGCCCAUUUUUUUUUUUUAUAUUUCAUAUUUUCAAGUGCCUGGUUUAAAAUAAAUUGACUUUUCACAAAUAAGCAGCACUCAAGUGCCUGUUCCUAUAAUAUCCUUACGAUUUUAGUUAUUUUACUAAUUUGUUAAUUGGUGCCUUUUUCAAUGUAAAGUCGGAAAAAACGAAAGGAAAAAAAUUGUUAAUAAUGGCGAUGCAUGAAUUCCAGGCCUCACUCUCAGUCAUGUGACACAUCUAUCCGUUCUUUAUUAGAAGUCGCCACUGCGUCUGGCUCUCGACUAUUUUCGUAUUCAAAUAGUAUUAUUUGGGCACUGAGCAAUACAUUUUGGUUUAAGUUUAGGAUUAUAAUAUUAGUACAUGCAACAGCUGUGAUCACCUAUCCCUGUAAGGUGGGUAAAAGGAAUUAUCUUUUUUUUUUCUUAUUUAUUUAUUUUUUUAUUUUUCUUUUAGGUUUUUGAUCAUCUUAGUUUUUACUUGUAAUUAUAGACUAAUUUUCCAGGUGAAGAUUUUUUAGCUUCAAUGAGAAACCGUCGUUUGCCUAGAAAAAAAUUUAUGCCUAAUAAGCUUGACCCUUCUUAGCCACCUUUUUCAUUUUCACACACACGCACACACCAAUCUCAUGGUAACGCAACACGUGGUAAACGUGCCAUGUUAAUACAACUGAUGUAGCCAUAUUUACGAAGAGUAUUGUAAUAUUAGGCAAGCAAAAAAUGAAUCAGGUAAUGAUUCUGGAGGGUCAUUUAUAGCAUUAAAAAUCGACAGAUUUUUCCAGCUGAUGUAUGAAACUUUUUGCAGGAACUGCUUGUUUUACUUGAGUUUGUGUCUCGAUCAAAGAUCUUAAGUGGUUUUCAGUCGAAGCAGGAAUGGUAAAACUCAUUGUCAUCACGAUCAGAAAAUUCUAUACCUUUAGAAAUUCUAGUUUUUAAUUAAGUAACGUGUAAAACUUGAACUUUGAAAUAUAAUGAGGAACUGACAAUAUUCAUGAGUACACUGUUUAUUGAAAUUUUUCAUUUGAAUGUAAGGAAUUUUUAAAAAAUGAACAUUUAUUUCCUCAUGGUUUUUCUAUUAUUUUCAAGCUUUUCAGUCUCCCUGCUAUUUUGCCACUCUUGAAACAAAAGACUGUAAUUUUAAGACCGAGUAAUUGAAGGACGAUCGUUACGUCAACUCUCAGCCUCCUUUUUUUUGGGUUCGGAAAUUCAUUUAAAUUUUUCUCACCUCCUCUCCCUCAAUUUCAUUUUAAAAUAAAA